UCUCUUUCCCCUCCCUCUCUUCUCAAUAAACACCCUUCUACUACCUCCCAUCACACUUUAUAAACCACACCAUCAUCUAAUCAUCAAACCACUCUCUAUUCCCUUCCUCUCCUCCCAACACAUACUCCUUCCAUCACCUUAUGAUGGGUCUUCAUCAGGAUCCCACCGACUCAGGCCUUCAGCUUAUUCUAGGAUUAGCUUUGACAUCCACUCCACAAGACAUCAUCACUCCAUCACCACCAUCCAUUCUUCAUCAUCACCAUCUUACCACUCACAGGCCAAACUCCUACUCCUCUAAAUCCGACCCUGAGCCUUCACUCACGUUGGCCCUGUCCCGCCAAACUUAUCCGCACCCUAGAAACAAACUCUCCUCUGAGGACCCUCUUGAACACACUUCACCUCACAGUGCUAUCUCCUCCUUCUCCAGUGGAAGGGUCAAGAGGGAGAGGGAUCUCAGCUGUGAAGAGGUCGAUGCAACAGAGACGGAGAGGGUUUCUUCAAGAGCCAGCGACGAAGAAGAAGAUGGAACCACUGCCAGGAAGAAACUUAGGCUUACUAAAGAACAGUCCGCUUUGCUUGAAGAAAGCUUCAAACAACACAGCACCCUCAAUCCUAAACAGAAGCAAGCUUUGGCCAAGCAGUUAAGUCUUCGGCCUCGACAAGUCGAAGUGUGGUUCCAGAACCGGAGAGCCAGAACAAAGCUGAAGCAGACAGAGGUGGACUGCGAGUUCCUAAAAAAGUGUUGUGAAACAUUAACAGACGAGAACAGAAGGUUACAGAAGGAGCUGCAAGAGCUAAAGGCACUCAAACUGGCUCAGCCCUUGUACAUGCCUAUGUCUGCGGCAACCCUCACCAUGUGUCCCUCAUGUGAGAGGCUCGGUGGCGGCGCUUCCACUAAGUCACCCUUCUCCAUGGCUCCUAAACCUCACUUCUUCAACCCCUUCGCCAAUCCUUCUGCAGCAUGUUGAUUGAUUCUUAUUAUGAAUUAGGUUUUUAGUUUUGUUUCUGUCGCUAAAAAAGAACAAAAAAAAAAAAAAAAAAACGAAAGAAGAGUCUCCCCGCAACCUUUGUAUUUUUUUGGUUGGGGGAUAGGAUACGUACGAUGGAUUACUACAUCAGGUAGUAGUGAAAAGGUUAAGGGUGUAAUUAACUAAUACUGUAGAAAUUUGUAACUGCUGAUCAAAAUUACUUUUUACUUUUGAUCCUUUUGUUGUAUGUUUAUAAAUCGUUAUAGAAGAAGACAUCCAUAAGUAUGAAGGAAUGAAUCACUAUUAUUUUAUUGUUCA